CCAUGUUUUCCGACGUGUCUGCCUGCAUCCCAUCCGUUUAUUGACUUCUAUAGCCGCUGUUUUUCGAUUGCUACCUUCGACUCACUCAAUAUACACGCGGAGAGCUCGAUGUCCGAAUCGAUCCUUAAAAAACGACGCUCGCCAGCCGCCGAUACGGGCACCAUGGAGGGGUUUACGGUUCGUUCUUCGAGGCAGCCCAAGCUCUUGACUUGGGAAGAAAUCCAAGAAUGGUCGCGAGACAACGAAUUCAUUCGUACCGGCUAUCGUCCAGAAAAGCCGGAAUACAAAGACAUCCUCCUCAGCCUGACAUACCUUCACAACGAGACUUGCAACAUAUAUACCCACUUGAUCGGCGCGAUACUAGUAUGGCCUGUUGCAUAUAUCUACAUGCGGAUUCUGCCCGAACCCCAGUACGACAACGUUCUUCCAGCAGACUAUGUCAUGUUUAUCAUCUUUUUCUUUUCUUGCGAGUUCUGUCUCGUCUCUAGCGCUGCCUACCACCUAAUGCAACCUCACUCGCAUAAGGUGGAACAGUUCUGGCAUCGGAUGGACCUAACAGGAAUUGCUGUCAUUAUCGCAGGCACAUUCAUUGCGGCCAUUUACUACUUCUUCAUCUGUCAACCGGCCUUCCAGAUUUUACACUGGGUCAUCACCAUAGUAUCAGGCUCAUCUUGCGUUGCUCUGAUCUCAAUACCCAAGUUUCGCACACUACGCUGGCGUACCCUUAGAGUAGUCGCCUUCUUCCUUUUCGGCUUGUCAGCUUUUGUCCCCUUGAUGCAUGGAGUUGGCCUACACGGGUCCGAUUACAUGUUUGACUACAUGGGAAUGAAAUGGUACUUGCUGGAGCUAUCUCUGUAUGCACUAGGCACACUCAUCUUCGCAACUCGGCCUCCCGAACGGUUCGCUCCGGGCAAGUUCGACUUGUUUGGCACCUCACAUCAGAUUUUCCACCUACUUAUCUUGGCGGCGAUGUGGGUUAACUGUCUGGCUCUUACACAGAGUUUCAAAUCGGUUCAUACCCUGGAUCUAUGCCACCGCUAGUCUACUCUCGCGAUACGGAGACCCACAGCAACAAGACGUCCUUGCUUUGCCUAGUGUGGGAGAAUGGGAACUCAGACAGCUCGUAGAGUUCGUGGAUGCUUGCUAAGCCGAUGGAUUUCUGGACGUCAGACAUCCUAAAUUGGUGAUAACUCUUGCUCAAACUGGGAAAAUCUUCGAUGGUCGCCACUCCAGAAGGUGCUCGUUCUGGCAUCUAUCUGAGAAACAGCUUACGAGACCUUGAGGCUAGGGUAAGGUAUCGUGGAUAUGUUACAUGCC